AUGGGUCACCCCGAUGAGAUCAACGCUCUCGAGGCACAGCCCGAUUACAAUGUUGCCUCGGGAGAUUUCAAGGAAACCGAGCAGGAUGAGCCGGUUUCGCUUCACAGAGACCUCAAGGCUCGCCACAUUUCUAUGAUUGCUAUCGGUGGUGCUAUUGGUACUGGAUUAAUUGUUGGCACUGGAAGUGCCUUGACUCUAUCUCAGAUGUUUGCCUUAGCUAACGUUCGCUCUCAGCCUGGUUCUUUGCUUAUUGCGUACUGCUUCAUGGGACUGGUCGUUUGGACCGUCAUGUGUGGCUUGGGUGAAAUGGCGGCCUGGCUGCCCUUGUCUUCUGGAUUUACUGGUUACGCCGGUCGUUUCUGUGACCCUGCUCUCGGCUUUACUCUCGGCUGGUGCUACUACCUGAAAUACAUCAUUCUACCACCCACGCAACUUACCGCCGCCGCUCUGGUCAUCACGUACUGGCCGAAGACCUCCGCCGAAAAUGUCAACCCGGGUGUUUGGAUUGCCAUCUUCAUGGUUGCCAUCAUCGUGAUCAAUUACUUUGGUGUGAAGAUCUUUGGUGAACUGGAAUUCUGGUUGUCAUCCUUCAAAGUGAUUGUCAUCCUGGGAAUCAUUCUGUGCUCCUUCAUCUUCGCGCUCGGCGGUGGUCCCGACCAUGACCGACGAGGUUUCCGCUACUGGAAUGAGCCCGGUGCCUUUGCUACCAAAUACGUCGACGGCUCUCUCGGAAAGUUCCUCGCUUUCUGGUCCACCAUGGUGCAGGCCACCUUUGCCUUCCUUGGUACGGAACUGAUUGGUGUGACCGUCGGAGAAGCCCAGAAUCCCCGCAAGACCAUCCCCAAGGCCAUUAAGCUCACCUUCUGGCGCAUCCUCGUCUUCUACAUCCUCAGUGUCCUCUUCGUCGGCAUGCUUGUUCCUUACGACUCCGAGGACCUGGCCUUUGCCACCGAGGCGAAAAGCUCUGCAGCUGCCUCGCCUUUCGUCGUCGCGAUGAAGCAAGUCGCUGCCCUUCCUCACAUCAUCAACGCGUGUAUCCUCGUGUUCGUUCUUUCGGCUGCCAACUCCGAUCUGUACAUUGCGACUCGAACCCUGUACGGUCUUGCGCGUGAAAAGAAGGCGCCCAAGAUUUUCGCUCGCACCAACCACGCCGGUGUUCCUAUCUAUUCGCUUGUGCUCUCGGCUUCUUUCUGCCUGCUUGCCUUUAUGAGUGUGUCCAAUGGUUCGAAGGAGGUGUUCGGUUACUUCACUGAUAUGGUGUCGAUCUUCGGAUGUAUGUUCUUUCCCUGGCUGCCUCGUGUAUAUUGCUGUCUGCGUUCUGGUACUAACCGACUAUCAGUGUUGACCUGGAUCUCCCUUCUGAUCACCCACAUUUUCUUCAUUCGCGCCCGACGCGCGCAGGGCGUCGACGAGUCCACCCUCGCUUAUAAGGCUCCCCUGGGAAUCAUCGGCUCCUACAUCGCCCUCUUCUUCUGCGUCUUGGUUGCCUUCACCCGCAGCUUCGGCGUGUUUAUCCACGACCCUGAGACGUACGGUAACUUCGACUAUAAGACCUUCAUUACUUCGUACCUCGGAAUCCCUCUCUACGUGAUGGCUUUCACUGGGUGGAAGUUCUGGAAGCGCACCGAGCUGAUCAAGCCCCACAAUGCCGAUAUCUGGACCGGAAAGUCUGAGAUCGAUCGCGAGGAGGCUGAGUACGAGGCUAUACUGGCUAUUGAGAACCAGAACCUUUCUGGCUGGAAGAAAAUUUAUAGAAAGGGUCUUGCGUGGCUUUUCUGA